AUGGCGUUAAAGAAACUGUUGCUGAUAUGCAAAAGCUUGGUGAACCCGAUACUACAGCUACACUUUGAAACAAUAACGCCCAACCGCGAUUAUUCGUACGAACUGAUCCCCAAAGAAAAGAGCUAUUCGCAUUUAUGCGAACAUCGCCGCAGGAGCCGUGUUGCUUCCCUUGCCAAAACCAAGGAUCAUGCAUAG